CAUUCGACAUAGAGACCAAGGAUUAGUAUACCAUUUGGAUUGGAAUUCUGAUAAACAAGCAAUUGGUCCUAAUUCUGCAAAGUUGACAAGCUAUAUUGGUACACUUGUUCGUAUGCAUAUUCCGGUCUCCAUAGCUAAAUGGAAUCUGAAAAGCGAAGAGUUGGAUGCGAAAAAAAAAGCGAUUUGGGACGAGCUUCAGAGGACUUUUGAGAUACCAGAUGAUCGUAGACGCUACAUACUUAGUUUGGCCGGCAAAAGAUAUAGAGGGUGGAAAGCUUUUUUGACAAACACCUAUCUUAAGGAUAAAGAUGGAAACUUUCUUGAAGAGGCACCGGGACGGCCAAAAAAGUAUGAGAUCUUCAUUGAUGAAAAAGAUUGGGCUGAGUUUGUAAAGCAAAUAGAUGAAGAUUUUCGGAAAAGGAGUGCCACGAAUAGUGCGAGAGCAUCCAAACCCGCGUAUCCAUACAAAAAAGGGCGUUUGGGAUAUGCACGCUUAGAGGAUAAAAUUGUAAGUAAAUAGAAAUACGUUUUAAUUAAUUGUCUAAAUGUGCAUGUUUUAUUUGAAGAUUUUAUCAUUUGUGUCAAUGCAUAGUUAGAGGAGACUAAAAGUGAGGAAACUUCACUUCCUGUACAUGUGUUGUGGAAGGAAGCUCGUGUGGGCAAGAAUAAAGCUGUCGAUCCCGAUGUUCAGAGAGUUUAUACUGAAUGUGUAAGUAUAAUGCUGUGUCUUUAAUUAAAUCAAAUGUUUUUUAAUAUAUAAAUGAUUUUUUAUCUCCACUAAUAAUUAUUGAAAUGUAAAUGAAUUACAGGAGACCUUGUCGCAAUCGGUAUCCACCGGUGAGGGGAGCGUACUUAGUAGAGCACUAGAUGCUCCUGAGUAUCCCGGUCGGGUGAGGGGUAAGGGUCAUGGUGUGACUCCAACCUCUUUUUACAAGAGUCCUAGGAGAAGAUCAAAUCUUACCAAUGAAGAAGUGUUGCAAAAGUUGCAGGAAUUGCAAGCACAAGUCUCUGAAUUGCAAAGAGAUAAAGAUAUGUAUAUGAGAGAAAAGUGCAACACUUCAUCGGUGAAAGAAACUAGUGAUAAGGCUAGUAUCAACUGUCAAAGGAAAUUUCCCGAGGGCAUUUCAUCUUGCCAACUAUACUUAUCGUCACCGAAUUAUCGACUAGUUGGCAAGGGAAAAGUGCACAACACUUUGGG